AAAUUCGUCAUUCCAUUUUUGCAGUUGCAUUCAACAAGGUGUGCACGGGUCCCGUCGUUUUGUGCAGCCUUUUUUUCGGUGGGUGCCCAAAGUUUUUAAGUUGUUUGCCGUCGUCGUUGGUUUUUCGGGAAAACAGUUUGGUGAAUUGCUGCUCCAGCAGGUGGAAAAAUAAUCGGUGCUAAGUCUCCCCAUGCCAGUCAACGAAUGCGAAUCAGUGUGAAUCCUUGAAACAAAGAAACAUUUCCUUGUCUAUCUUGGCUCCUUUAGGAAGUGCUUUGAAGUGGCGAUUAAUUGCAAACCCGGAAUGAAGUAUCGUGAUACCAAAUGUAACUACUGAAUUCAGUGCUGGGGCCGUCUAGUGGCAUCUUGCAAAUUUUCGUGGGAUUGCUCCGCUGCUCAUAAAUGAAUCAAUUGCAAUAAUCGCUGCCAGUGGGCAACUGUUUCGUAUGAUGUUCUCAUGAAUUGGGAAGUACGCUCAACCAUCAGAGUGAGUAACAAUCGAUUUUCCCUUCAUUCAACAUCUUUCGCCAGCAACCUGCUGCUCCUGAGGGACGUUGCAGAUUUCACAAACAUCCCUUCCAAGGCAGCGAAGGAUUAACUUGAGAAGUUACACGAAGCGAUGUAUCCCAUCCGGAAUGAAGUGAAUUGUGCAGGGCAAAAUGUGUGAUUUUCAAGAUAUAUCGCCAUACAACGAUAGCAGUUGGGCCAUUCAGCGCAAUCCUUUCUUUAUCACAAGCAAGUGCAACAUUCAUUCAAGAUGUCCAAGGAAAAUCUCGCUCACCAGCAACGUUCCCACCAUCAAUUGCAACAACUUCUACAGCAACAGCACCACCAACAGAAGCAAACGCGAUACCAGCAGCAUCAGCAACAGCAGCUGCAGAAACUUUUACAGCAGCACAACAGCCAUCAUCACCAUCACAACAACCAUCAGGCCGCCGCUAACAAUCACCCGCAGCAGCACCGGAAGCGGAAGCCGACCAUGUCACUGCUGUCGCUCAAGUUCAACCGGCGGCGAUUCUACAUCUGUCUGAAGGUGGUGCUACUGUUUGUGGUCUUCGGGCUGUACUUUGUGCUGUUGCUGCGGGAAUCGAUCACCAUGGUUAGUUCGGCCAAUCGGAACAAACUUGGCCCCGGCGGGAAAACGGAUGCGCUACACAAAGCACCGGUGGGCAUCGGUAAUCUUCCAGCUCGGCCUGGGAAGCACAACAUUCCGAAGCACUACCACAACAAUGCCGCUGGGCUGCAUCCGGCAAAAGGCGGCUCCUCGACCCGAUCCCAGUCUUCCAGGGCCCAGAAUUCCGGAACGCUGACAGCAACGAGUAACAACCAUUCAACGCUGAACCCGGUCUACGAAUACUCGGAAGAACUGAACGCAGCAGCCGAGGCCGACUUCAACGAUCGCCGGACGGUUCUGUGGAACAUCUGCGCCGAGCAUCGGAUCAUCGGGAAGUAUCCACCGAAUGCUUGGGAAUUUUUCAUUUCGUCUGGGCAUGGGCUGGCCUGGUGUAACAUUUUCAAGGCCGCUAGCAGUACCUGGAUGUACUACUUCAACAUAUUGGGUGGAUACGACGUUCGAUUUCUGCAGCGAACCCGUUCAUCGCCGAUCGAUCUGGCUAGGCAGAGGUUUCCACGACCUAGCACCGCAGAGUUGAACGACUAUCUUUCCAAUACGAUCUCGUUCUUGAUAGUGCGGGAGCCAUUCGAGCGGCUAGUUUCGGCAUACAGGAAUAAAUUGGAGGGCUGUCGCAACAAGUACUACAAGCUACUUGGGGAGCAGAUAAUAAAAAAGUUUCGCAAAAAAGCCAAGGACGGAAAGCCGCUGGUGAAAUACCCUAAAGGACCGACCUUCCGGGAGUUUCUACAGUUUUUGGUCAGUCACUACAAGAGUGGCGGACGCUUCGACGAGCACUGGAGCCCGGUGUACUCCUUCUGCACCCCGUGCAGCAUAAACUUCACGCUCAUCGCCAAGGUGGAAACAUUCCAGCGGGACACCGAGUACAUCAUACGGCAGGCCGGCCUAGAAACGCUUUUGCUGAACAAAAUGCCCCAGGGAAAGGCACGGGCGAUUGCCAAUCGAUCCACCAGCAAUACCAGAAAUCUGGUGCCAAGAUAUUUCUCCCAGAUAGACGAGCAGCUGCUGACAGAAGUACUGGAGAUCUAUCAGCUCGACUUUGAGCUGUUCGGCUACAACAGCACCAAGUACUACAGCUACGUCCAGGAAACGCUGGACGAUGGAUAACAGGGUGUUACUGGUGAGGCAGUUUGAAAUCCCUAUUCUUCUGACGUCGCGUCAAGGGCAAAUCGAAAGUCAGCUUAGAAAACUGAUACGGAAAUGUAACGACACCCCGUGUUGAAGUAUACAACGGAGUGUCCCUCGGAAAAGACUUAAGGGUUAGGAUAGUAUAAUAACAACCAGAUAUAUAUUAUAUAUUCAACAGUUCGAUGUUCGUUUUUGUGAAGAUGUCGUUAGCGUAACACUUAUACAUAUUUACAUAUUUUGUCAAACAAAAAAAAAGUCUAAAUCUAACAAAGACGAAAAGUUAACGGUUAUUUUACUAGGAUAGUUUCUUACUAUGUUAACCAAGGUACUAUUUAUGAAUAGGUGUCUGUAGAAAACAAAAACAAACCUGCACAAACUGAGAAGCACGGCACGGAAAAAAGUAAAAUAGUAACACAAAAGUACACAAAGGACUAGGCCCACCAACUUUCCAUGAAACGAAAUUAUUUUCGAACUGCACAAAAAAAGCAUGGCACAUGAAGGAAGCAAAAAAAGAGAAGGGAGCAUAUUGACAAACUGCUAUUUACAUGUGAUCGAUGUUCUAUGACCCACGUGCAUGUCCCAGCCAGUAAUUUGCAUACAAAUUGAAAGUCCAGCCCGGAAAAACUCUUUUCAACCCCACAUAUUUUCACCUAACAGGUACGCACGUGAAUCACUAAUAUGCGUAUUUCUUUACAUAUAGAUAUGGAUGUGUAUGUGUAAGUCAGGUUACGAAAUGACGUAUCUCAUCAUUAGUCAACUGAAAUUCCCAGCGGAGCGAUAACUUUAACUAGAACAUGAAAGCCAGCCAGAAUUAGCAAACACGCACUCGACCCGGCCUCCGGUUUUGUCCCGAAUCGGAUCCCAUCAAGCUGUGAAUAAUUAAUAAAAAACCAAAAGUCCGAAUAGAAGUUCGGGGUUGAGUCAAAAAAGCUUAUGUGAUAAUGUGUCUGUAGAUAACUAGUGGAUGAAGUGCAAGGCCGGAUUAAGGGGGGGGCAAAAGGGGCAAUUGCCCCGGGCCCCCCGGCUUAGGGGGGCCCCCCGAGGGAAAAAAUAUUUCAACAUUACUUUAAUCAUACUACUUCAAUUUCUUUAAAUCUAUGAAAAGAAUUCAAGACUAGAAAUUUGGAAUGAAAACUAGAAAUAAAACAACUAAAGAGGCCCCAUUGAAAUAAUAUGUUGAAUAGUUUUUAUCUUACAUAAGGGGGCCCCCUAGAGUAAGCAGAGAAGAAGAUCUCCCGAAUUUUGCGAACUGACCCCAAAUAAUAAAGAUCUCCCGAACCCAAAAGCUGACCAAAAAUAAUAUAAACUGAAUUUGAAAAUUAAUCGACAUAAAUUAGGAAGAAUAUGAGGCGAACAUCUCCAACUUUCAUUUUUUCCAUUGAAACAUGUCAGUCAGGAUAUUCUGCACAGAAAAGUUAAAAUAAUGAAAAAUAUUUCCAAUUUUCAUUGCAUACAAACGUCUUGCAAAAUAAACUUGUUUAUUAUUACGUUAACUUUCCAAGAAACAGUUACUGCACUAAAAUAGCAGCUAAUUUCAUCAAAACUGGCUCACAGUGCUAAGAGAGAACAGAGAAGCUUUAUGAUAAACACUGGGAGUUGAUACCGUGUAUUAUUAUAACUUUUCAUUUUUCAAUCAAUACUACUGAAAUUUACGUUGGUUUUAAAAUUCUAAACCCUUUUCCUACCUAUUUUUGAAAAUAAAAUCUAAAAAAAGAACUGUAGUUGCUUAAAUUGGACCAAUCUACAGUACAAUCCCAAUUUCUGUCUUAGACUUGAAAUUCGUUUCGAAACCUUUUCAAUUGAUUUGACACAAGUUAAUAUCCUGAAUUCAGCAUAUCAUUUUCGAAAUGAUCAUUCUAUAAUUAUGUAUCAUAAAAACGAUCUCAUAGUUGAGUGGCUAAUAUCAUUGAGUGACUCUCUUAACAUGAAUAUUUCUAUGUUUUUAAUCUUACCUUUUUCCAAACUAAAUUCAUUGAGAUUUUCAAGUCUUAUGUUGUUUCUUCACUUACUGAAGUUCAGUUUCAUGGUUUUUCUGAAUUUUUAGAACUCGGGAUCUUUGUUUAAGAUACUAAACUCAUUCUGUGUGUAAUCUCUAUUCUGUUUUUUUUUUUCAACCGAUUAUUUUUGCACUUUUACCCCUUUGGCUUAGAGGGCAUCUUAUGAAACUUUUGUCACAAAGAAUAACAGUUUGAUUACAAUUUUUUUUUAUCUGAUGAGAAUCAUAUUCAUAAACUGGGAUGAAAAGGUUUUUUUCAUGGGUUCAAAGAGUUAAAAUUGAAAUUCAUAUUUGGUGCAAUUCCUGCUUUGGCUCUGAUUGUAACUUCGAAACUCUUUUUUAUUCAAUUCAUAUUUUGUUCCUCACAACUUGAUUACUCAAAUAAUUCAAAUAUUCAAAAUUAUGAUUUAGAUUAGAGACACUGAAUUGCGGUUCUAAAUAUAACCUGAUUUUUAGUUUUAAAUUCUUAAACUCUUAUUUCUGCAUCUCUAUGAAAUGUGAAAUUAAUCAUUUUGUUAAUUUUGUAUUCUGCGUUUCAAAUCUUCAUGACUUCCCAAUUGUAAUUUAAUAAAUAUCUUUCGAUAAAGCACAAACCAGACGAUCAAUGAUGAAAUGAAAAUCAUUCAAAAUAUCUAUCUGAUCAUUUUUUCUAAAUCAGAUAAUUUUAGUUGGUGAUAAGGAUAUUUGAAAAAAAAAUGUGAGUUAAAUAUUGCAUUUUGCAGUUCAUAUCAAAGCUUUCGUUUUUGAGAAAUUUCUAAUGUCUUCCGCAAUUUUUGCACUUGAUUAAUUAACAAUUUUUAUUUGAAGAUACCAGAAACUAUCAUUUACGCAGACAACAUGGCUAUUCAAAAACAGUAUACUGAACUCAUCUCCAGUUCUUUUGUACAGUUUAAAUGUUACGUAUUCUCUGGGAUAGCAUUUGAGAAAAAAAUCGAACCAUAGGGGCCCCCCGAGAAAAAUUGCCCCGGGCCCCCCGAUGGCUUAACCCGGCCCUGAUGAAGUGCCAAAUCCAAAACUCAAAAGCAACAAAGUUAUCGUCUUCGCUGAAACAAUUCGAAUAUUAGGAAAACAAAAAGAUAAAACUUAAAUCCCCCAUUUUCAAAAAAAAAAAGUAAAACGGUGCUAAGGUAGGAGGUAGAUACAGAUGUCUAUUGUGGACUGAACUUACAACCAACAUAAAUGGCACUAUUAUUGAGACAAAAAUCGACAUAAUCAGACUUUUCCCAACAUCGAUGUUGUACCGAAGACCAAAAACUACGAUUCCAAGCACCGAUCGGAUAGUUUAGUUACGAAAAUAUAGCACUCCUGCUGAUAGCAAUUCAAAAUGACCCGCUCGAGUUGAUUAUACAUAAAAACGUUAGUUAAUGCAUUAUUGUACAUCUGCAUGUUUAAAUCCAAAACCAAAGUGUUUCGAAAAAUCUAUUUUUAUAUUGAUAUUACAAAAAAACAUUUUGGAACCUUGAGACAGAACACAAAUGUCAAACGAAAAAUCGAUUCUAAAAUCUUAAACAAAAACCCAACGGAUCUUUUUCCUUAUUUCUUACCUAACAGAAUCAUUACUUUUCAAAACCAUAAAAUCUUAUCCCAUUCCUGAUUGGGGACAGCACUCGAAAUAGAAAUAGAAAAUUAAUUGUACCAUUAUGAAUGUUGUCGUCAACCGUGUACCUUGUAUUUACAAAACAAAACCUGAAUAUCUGAUCAUUUUUAUUUUCAGUACCGUACAAAAUUCCUCACAGUAUAUACACAAACCUUCAUCAAACAAAAUAAAAACAUAAAAAAAAACAAUUAUAGUUGAAACAACAUAAACUGACACAAAGUAACAAAAAAAAAGGUAAACAACUUAUAAACAGAUCACAAAAGUAGUUUCAAACACGAUGAGCAAACAUAAGAAGAAAAACGAAAUGUGAGAUCUUAUAUACCUACAACAAUAUAUAUUAUAUCUACAAACAAAACAAAACAAAAAAAAAUAACUCUUAUAUAGUCUCUUUCAAGUUCAAGCGGCGCAGUUGCAACCGAGGUGAAAAAUAGUUAAAAGAAAAAAAAAGAAGAAGCAGAUAAAAAACAAGUGACACAGACUGAAUCAUUAAAAGUGAAAUGGAUAUCUUGUAGUGACGUUCAAAGUGAACAAGAACA